UUAUAAACCGCAUUUUCAUUUUCUCAUUUCUCAAAUUCUCUCAUUUAAUUCUCUCAGAUCCUCUUAGCGAGUCAGAAAGUUCCAAAAGAUGCCGUCAACGCCGCCGACAACACCCAUCACGACGUCGUAUUGGUGUUACAGCUGCACGCGAUUCGUCAGCGUCUGGGCCGAACACGGCGCCACCACCGACGGCCUCGCUUGUCCACACUGCGACGGCGGUUUCAUCGAAGAAGUAACCGAUUCCUCCUCCCCCGCCGCCGCAACCGGAUUAACCACCCCAGCUUCCGACGAAGUUAGAUCCGUAAACAGCAGCCGUAGAUCCGUGAUCAGACGGCGGAGAUCCAGUCGCCGCCCGUCGUUUAACCCCGUCAUCGUCCUCCAAGGCGGAGGCGCCGGCGAGGGAGAAGAAGGAGACGCCGCGGCUAGGGAACGGCGCGCUUUCGAGUUCUACUACGACGACGGAUCCGGAUCGGGCCUUCGACCGCUUCCGGAUUCCGUAUCGGAGAUCUUGAUGGGAUCCGGAUUCGAGCGGUUGCUCGAGCAGCUGAGUCAGAUCGAGGCGACGGGGGGCGGAAUCGGGAGAUCCGGGAACCCGCCGGCGUCGAAAUCGGCGAUCGAGUCUCUGCCGAGAGUCGAAAUCUCCGGUCGCCAUCUAACGGCGGAGGCGAACUGCGCGGUUUGCACGGAGGUUUUCGAGGCGGAGGAGACGGAGGCGCGUGAGAUGCCGUGUAAGCAUAUAUUUCACGAGGACUGUAUAGUGCCGUGGCUCUCGAUACGGAACUCGUGCCCAGUCUGUAGAUUCGAGAUACCUUCGGAGAGUAACCAACGGAGCAGCGAGGAGGAGGAUAACGCUGUUGGGAUGACGAUAUGGAGACUCCCCGGAGGGGGGUUUGCUGUCGGGAGGUUUAACGCGGCGAUGAGAGAUGGGGAGAGAGUGUUGCCGGUGGUUUUGACGGAGAUGGAUGGUGGUGGGCUUGGUGGUAACAGCGAGGGUCCUAGACGGAUCUCGUGGGUUAGAGGUAACGGGGGAGUUGAAUCAGAUGGCAGUAACGGUGGUGGAUCCGGGUCGGGAGGGAGGUUGAGACGGAUGGUUCGUGGAGUUGUGUCUUUGAUGAGGAGAGUGAGACCUAACCGUGGGUCUAAUAAUUCCUCUUCUGCUGCUGUGUCGUCUUCGGACAGUGAAGUGGAAUCUAGGGUUAUGGAUCGGUCGAAUUCAGUGCUGAGGAGAUACUUUGGGAGGAACAGAAGUAACAGAGGUUCUUCAGUUCUGCAUUGAUAUAUAUGUAAUGGUUUGUUUGUUCAUUAUUCAAGAGUGUAUAUAUAAUAUUGCAACUCCUUUUAUUUUAGAA